AUGGUAAAUUCCACCAUCUCUUCCAGGACCCAAAAGUUUGAUCCCAUGGGUAGGUCCUCCAACACAAAUAGUGUCCCCGAAGAAAAUACUGGAGGCAAUUCAGAGAUGAGUCAACCUAGAAACUACGAUUCGACCAGUGGUGAUGUCGGGAAAAAGGAUAACAAUAUCAAAUUAGAUAUGAGUUCAUAUCCUCUGGCGGACAAUCAAGUCCAGUCUUCUAAACAACCAGGUUCGAAUCAAUCUAAUUUCUUAUUCAACCCACGAAGACAAGACCUGAUAAGUUUAUUGUUAAAUAAUUACUCAACUAACAAUAACUUUUUGUUACACGAAGGCUCACCGCCAAAACAGAGUCCAAAUGAUGCUUUGAGUGGGCAAGCACAGCUGAGCGCAACCUUUCCAAGUUACUAUAUGAAUCGCCGUGACUCUUUGAAUAAUGUUCCUGGAAACGAUUUGAAUGGAUCUCGUGUCAGCAGCAUCUCGUUACAGCCUCCUCUUUUACAGCCCGUGAAGAAUAACGAAUAUUCGGGUAUCGGGUAUGGUGCUAAUCCUUUACAGUCUAGAUCAAACAGUAUUUUCAGCUCGUUGAUACAGAUGCCAAGCUCUAGUGGUAAUUCCAUCAGUGAACCUUCAGGAAACUCUAGCAAUACGAGCGCAAGUACAACUUCCAUGGGUGCAAAUAAUUUGAACAACUUUCAUGAGAAAAGUCAAGAUGAACAAACAAAUAAUGGCCACGUAAUACAGAAAAAUAGGCAGUCGUCUAUCUUGCCACUAGGAAAUGGUCAAGAUCAGAUUACAUUGGAAGGCUUGGAGAAUCUUAUUGACAAGGAAGGUUGGGGAAAUUUACUUGCGUGGCAGCAGCAGCAGCAACAACUACAACAACAGGAGCAACAACAACUACAGCUGCAACAACAACAACAACAACAACAACAACAACAACAACAGCAACUGCGGCAACGGCAACAACAACUACAGCAACAACAGCAUCAGCGACAGCAGCAACUACAGCAACAACUGUUACAGCGACAAACAAGUCAGCAACAGGAGAACAGAAACUCUAAACCGAAAGUUGGUUCAGUAGAUAUGUCUUUGUGGGAAAAUGCAGGUUUGCCAGGAUCGAUAAGUGGAAUAAGUGGAAGCUUAAGUGAAAUAAUAGCAGGGAUUUCUAAUAACAAUGUAAACUUUGGAAACAUGAGCAACGAGCAAAGAAGAAACUCGAUCUUGAAAGUUUUGAAUGACCAGAGUAGUAUCAAACGCUAUCGCAAAUCGAAUGAUAAUGGACCUUCCAAUAAGACUAAUUUGAGGGAAGAUAUUUUCGAAAAGCCCAAGAAAGCGAUAGAACUGAGCAAGCUGCCCGAAGAAAAAUUACGCCUUUCACCUGCGUCAUCGUUGUCUUCAAAAUCGUCGGCUCACUAUAAUGAUGAGCCUCAAUCGCCAAAAACUUACCCGACGUCAUAUGGUUUACCUCCAGCAGUUGGUUCAUCUUCUCAGCUGCCAAAUCAGUACCAACAGAAUUCGAACCAGUAUCAGCCGACCAACUACCAGACUAAAGGUUACUUGAAUUCACUCGCUCCAAGCUCAUUAACUAAGAAUUCUGCAUCCUCAAAUAAUUAUAUACUAUCCCAGCAGCAACAACAACAACAACAACGGCAGCAGCAACAACAACGGCAGCAGCAACAUCCACAGCAACAACAACAAGAACAUCAGAAACAUGGACAAGAACAGCACUACUUGACAAAUAACUUUCAAUCAAUGCAGAACCCUGCGAAUAAUACACCACUCGACAGUAGUCACUUGAAGGAAGACUUCGUUCCAGCACAGCUGUAUGUAAAGUCUGAAGAUGGCCGUCCCUUAUUGGGGGCUACCAAAAUAGAUCAAUUGAUGCUAGUUAUUCAGGCUCGCGAUAAGGGCGUAAUGAACCAGAUCCACCAAGGACCUGAUGGCAGCAUCCUUGGAGCGGCAGACGGAAGCUCAGAUGAUUCGAGAGUACUACCGCAGCCUAUAAGCUUAGUCGGUGGAGUUGAUAAACCAAACAGAACGAAGAACGACUCUGAGAGCCCGGAUGAUCAGAAAAAGAGAAAAAAAACUAAAAAUCAGCAAUGUCCUUACUGCUUCAAAUACUUCACGCAAUCAACUCAUCUAGAGGUUCAUGUAAGAUCUCAUAUAGGGUACAAGCCCUUUGAGUGCUCUUAUUGCCAUAAGAGAUUUACUCAAGGAGGCAAUUUAAGAACCCAUUUGAGGUUGCACACAGGUGAGAAACCAUUUACUUGUGAAGUGUGUAACAGAUCAUUCAGUAGGAAAGGAAAUUUGGCAGCCCACAAAUUGACUCAUGAAAAUUUAAAACCAUAUGAAUGCAAGUUGGAUGAUUGCGAUAAAUCGUUUACACAGUUGGGUAAUUUGAAGUCUCACCAGAAUAGGUUUCAUUUGGCUACGUUGAAUCAUUUGACAAAUAAAUUGGCAGAAUUAAGUGGACCCGCAAUUAAUGAGUUGCCUCCCGACGAAAGAAACUUGCUUAACUAUUUCAAAGACCUCUAUAAGAAUUCGAAUAAAGGAAUUAGAGGAAGAGGCAAAAGGUCAAAUAAUGAUCAACUGUCAAGUCAAUCACCACAAUCGCAGACAAGUACAAUCAACCAUACAAUAGGCAAUGGGACUGGAUUGGGCAGUCAUUUCAAUUCUUCUCAAGGACAAGUGAAUUUUAUCAAUAACAACAGGUUGAGAAAUUCAGGAGGACAAAUCAACAACUAUCAAGUAUAG